GUUUCCAGUGGCGUCACUAGGUUGGUGUCCCCUCCCACACCCCCAUGGACCUCUUCUCUUACCAGACCACACUGAAUCCUUAGUCACAUUUUUGUGUAGAUCGUUUAAUUCCCUGGACCUGCAAGAGUCUCUCCCUCCCUGCAAGCCGACGGGGGGGACAGGCAGGCAGAGGCUGGACUGCUGGGUGAUGACCUCCUUCCUGCGGGUUACAGAGUCCCGGCUCCGAAGUCAUGUGGCUGGAGAUCCUCCUCGCCUCUGCGCUGGGCUUUGCCAUCUACUGGUUUGUCUCUCGGGACAAGGACAAGGAAGAAACCUUGCCCACUGAAUAUGGGUGGUGGGGGCCGGGGACGAGGCCCACCCCUGGGGAGGACGAGAGCAUCCGUCCCUUCAAGGUGGAAACGUCGGACGAGGAGAUCAACGACUUACAUUGGAGGAUUGAUAAGACCCGUUUAAGGCCGCCUUUGGAGGAGAGCUACUUCCACUACGGUUUCAACUCCAACUAUUUGAAGAAAAUCCUCUCCUACUGGAGGAAUGAAUUUGACUGGAAGAAACAGGUGGACAUUAUCAACAAAUACCCCCACUUCAAGACGAAGAUUGAAGGCCUCGACAUCCACUUCAUCCACGUGAAGCCUCCACAGCUGCCCGCAGGCCGCACCCCGAAGCCCUUGCUAAUGGUUCAUGGCUGGCCCGGCUCCUUCUACGAAUUUUAUAAGAUCAUCCCUCUCCUGACUGACCCCAAGAGCCACGGCCUCAGCGACGAGCAUGUUUUUGAAGUCAUCUGCCCUUCCAUUCCAGGCUACGCCUUCUCAGAGGCAUCCUCCAAAAAGGGCUUCAAUUCAGUGGCUACCGCAAGGAUCUUUUAUAAGCUGAUGCUGCGGCUGAACUUUGAGGAGUUCUACAUUCAAGGUGGAGACUGGGGCUCCCUAAUCUGCACCAACAUGGCCCAGAUGGUGCCCAGCCACGUGAAAGGCCUGCACUUGAACAUGGCUUUGAUUUUAAGAAAUUUCUCCACCCUGACCCUUCUGCUGGGGCGGCGUUUUGGGGGGCUUUUCGGCUACACCGAGAGGGACCUGGAGCUGCUGUACCCCCUCAAGGAGAAGGUCUUCUACAGCUUGAUGAGGGAGAGCGGCUAUAUGCACAUCCAGGCCACCAAGCCGGACACUGUGGGCUGUGCUCUGAAUGACUCCCCCGUGGGGCUGGCUGCCUAUAUUCUGGAGAAGUUUUCCACCUGGACCAAUUCGGAAUUCCGAAACCUGGAAGAUGGAGGCCUGGAGAGGAAGUUCUCCCUGGAUGACCUGCUGACCAACGUCAUGCUCUACUGGACCACGGAGACCAUCGUCUCCUCCCAGCGCUUCUACAAGGAGAACUUGGGGCAGGGCUUGACCGCUGAGAUGCAUGAGAGGAUAAAGGUCCAGGUGCCCACGGGCUUUGCCGCCUUCCCUAGCGAGUUGAUCCACUUACCGGAAAAGCUGGUGAGGUUCAAGUACCCGAAACUGCUCAGCUAUUCCUACAUGCCCCGCGGGGGCCACUUCGCUGCCUUUGAGGAGCCAGAGCUGCUCGCCCAGGACAUCCGCAAGUUCGUGGGGCAGGUGGAAAAGCAGUGACGCCCGCGGGGACUGACCAAUGCCUCCGAGGCAGCCCCCAUCCCUCGCUGCCAUCCCACCCUUUCUGACAGAAGCCCACAUCCUCCGACCGUCAGCUCCCCUCGGAGAAGCGCCUGUCCUCCCUGCACCCACCCGGGGGAGUGGGGCUGGCAGGGAGGAGGGGGCCUCCUGUUCUUGGCAAAGAUGCCCCUUUCCUGAGGAAUGAAUUUAUGUCCUUCCCUGCCCAUGCUGGGACCCCAUGCUCACCCCCAAGCUGUCUCCCACGUGGUAGGAAACGCGGCUUUGAUAAUAAAUGAUUUUACGUCUAAGUGACAUGCGUGUCCCUGACGCAACGGCUGGUUCUGCUUCCAGCGCGGGACUGGCAGGUCUGCAGCCUGCGCC